AUGACAGAUACCACAACUCCCCGAAAAAAACCCCAAAAGUUCAAUAAUUGGGAGGGGGAAGAUUUAAAAGAACAAAAAAAACAUUUUUACAAUACCUACUUCAAUCAAGAAAGAAUUCAUAAAAGUUUUGAUUUAACUCCGGCCGAUAAAGCCGCUAUAGAAACGUUUAAGACCGAAAUUCUUCCCCAAUUAGAUGGUUGGAAGGAUAGUUUGGGUGAUGAACAACAAAAGCAGGAAAUGAGAAGGGUAAUUACAACUUUGAAUAAUAGCCUCUUGAACAUUAAUGAUGCCCGCGGAGCCUCAGUAAAAUUUCGCACUAGUCAAGAAGUUAAAAUGGAGGAAGACCCUGAAACUUAUAUGCAGGCCAAGAUGGCCGUAGAUGCUUUCCGUUUUAAUCCUUCUCUUCAUUAUUCCGAAAAUUGUCGCAAUAAGAUUCACUUCUUAAAAGAAGAAUUAAAAAUUAAUUUACCAACUUCCACCAAAUUUACCGAAGAUAUGAAAGCCAUUAAAGGCUUCAAGUCUUUUCUCGAAGAAAUAAAGAAUUACCUAAUAACCGUUAAAUUUUAUCAGGCUGGUGGAGCAGUAGUCCCCCAACAAUUCUAUCUUUUGCUUGGGCCGCCUGGGGUGGAAUUAAUAGGAAUUGCCCAGGAUUACACUGGUAAAGAUUUUGGUAAGAUAGUAAAAAGAAUGAUUGAAGGUAAAGAUCGGGCUCCCGUUAUUCUUUUUGACGAGAUUGAUAAAUGUAGUGACAAGGAAAUUUUAAAUACUAUUAGUAUUAUUUUUGAUGAUACUAAAAAUAAAACCGAUUUUGAAGAUGUUUAUUUUCAGUUCCCAGUGCCGAUGAAUGAAUGCUUUAUGAUUUGCACAGCUAACUAUUUAGAAAGAUUAGAGCAAUUUGUUCUUUCGCGUUGCACAAGAGUAAAAAUUGAAUGGCUAACUUAUGAAGAUAGAAUAGAGGUUGCCAAAAAGGAAUUAUUUAAUGCUUUAAAAGAAAGCAAAAGCGGCAUUGAAAAAUAUGCCGAUGAAAAUGGACCUGAUUAUAAGUUUACUGAUAAAUUUUUCCACCGAACUUUAGUAGAAGAAUGA